ACUCCUUUGCUUUGUUUCUCCUCUAUUUAUAUAUCUCUUUCAACCCCUCUCGCCGGCGCUGUAAAUCCCCAACCCGAAAGAAGAAGAACACGAAGAAGACAAUUGGUGAAUAGUAUUUUUUUAAAAAAAUUUCGUUGAAGAAUUGCGAUUUGAUUAAUCAUUUGAUGCCGUGAAAUUCUCUAAUCAGAUUCAAAAAGAGAGAGAGAGUGAGAGUUGAAUUGAGGAUGGUUAGCUGCUACUUUAAUACAUUGGUCAAGGUUGAGAGUUAAUUCAGAGCAAGUAUUGGAAUCAGCUGCCAGAUUUGGUUUUGGAACAUUUAAUUUGAGAAAUGGAUCGGUGUGAUACCUCAGGAUUUGUAAGCGGAGGUGGAGAUGCUUAUAAGGUCUUCUAACUCUUAGUACUACUACUGCUGCUGUGGCUUUUUCUCCUCGAACCCCCCGGAAGUUUGUGGUCUUUCUCUUGAACAGUUUUCAUCUUUUUAGUUGUGACCAUGCAUGCCAGAUUCCAAAACACUGGCUUUGCUUCUAAGUCUUCACCCAAUUCCUUUAAGAUCUUGGGCCGUUCCCUUCAAGUCCAAGAAUCAGAGGCCGCCGCUGAUACUACUCUGCGUCUUGAUUCCCUUUCCUCUCCACUUUCCAACUCAGUUGGUACUAAAAGAAAAUGGAUGGAUCAAGAAGCUGAUCCUUUACUCUCCUUGAGGCUCGGUCACUCCUCAAGCUCUUCUGAUAGCAAAGGGAGUUCAGCAACUGCAUUCACGAGUUUAUCUUCUGCCAAAGAGAUUGAGGAGGCUUCCUCAAUGGAUAUUGAGCUGGACUUUACCCUCCAUCUUGGCAACGAGAAACCUGCCACCAGCCAUAAACCAGCUAAUCUGAAAAUGAAAGAGUUGCAGUUCCUCUCCCCAGAAUUUGAUCUCGAACUGAGUCUUUCUGGUGGAGGAGGGUCCUCUCAAUCUGAGAUCACUGCGGUCCAGCAGCAGGCGAAUCAGUUUCCAACUCUUGGGGACAUGCUACGUGCAACUAAUGAAGGAUCCACGUCACGUGGCUGGAGACCAGGGUUUGCAUCAUCACCUGCAUUGCAAGCUUUAUCAAGCAAAGAAACAAGCUCCUUCUUAGCUCAUGCUCCUAAGAAGAUAAUCAUUCCUGCUCCUCGUGUUCUGGACCUGUCAUCUAGCUCGGCAACAACAACAACAACAACACCAAUAAGUUCCGGUACAUGUACUUCCGUUUUAUCUCAGCAGCUGAAGCCACAGCAUAAGAGUUCUUCUUCUAGUUCCAAGCUAUGUCAAGUUGAAGGAUGUCAAAAGGGGGCAAGAGGCGCGUCAGGCCGUUGCAUAUCCCACGGUGGUGGACGUAGAUGCCAGAGACAUGGCUGCCACAAGGGCGCUGAAGGUCGAACUGUGUACUGUAAAGCCCAUGGAGGUGGCCGUCGAUGUGAGUUUCUCGGAUGCACCAAAAGCGCUGAAGGCCGUACUGACUUCUGUAUAGCCCAUGGAGGUGGGCGAAGAUGCAGCCAUGAAGAUUGCACACGAGCUGCCAGAGGAAGGUCAGGGCUCUGUAUCAGGCACGGUGGAGGAAAGAGAUGCCAAAGAGAGAACUGCACAAAGAGCGCUGAAGGGCUUUCGGGACUCUGCAUCUCUCACGGAGGUGGUCGUCGAUGCCAGUCUAGUGGAUGCACGAAAGGAGCGCAAGGGAGCACUAUGUUCUGCAAAGCACACGGUGGUGGUAAACGGUGCACGCACCCUGGUUGCACCAAAGGCGCGGAGGGAAGCACGCCGUUCUGUAAAGGACAUGGAGGAGGUAAAAGAUGCGCGUUUCAAGAGGGUCAUCCUUGCUCCAAGAGUGUUCAUGGAGGUACUAAUUUCUGCGUGGCUCACGGCGGUGGUAAGAGAUGUGCGGUUCCUGAAUGCACUAAGAGCGCUAGAGGAAGGACUGAUUUCUGCGUCAGGCACGGUGGAGGGAAGAGGUGCAAGUCUGAAGGAUGUGGGAAAAGCGCGCAGGGUAGUACUGAUUUUUGCAAGGCGCAUGGAGGAGGGAAGCGUUGUGCUUGGGGUCAUGCUGAGACUGAGUAUGCGGGUCAAUCUUCUUCUGGUCCUUGUACCUCGUUUGCUAGAGGUAAGACUGGUCUUUGUGCACUCCAUACCAGUCUGGUUGAGGAUAACCGGGUUCACGGAGGAAUGACUGUGACUUCAGAGAGCCAAGAACCGAGAAUAAGCAGCAGCGAGGAAGAGUUUAGUGGUUCUCAAGACAUGAACAUGGAUAGGAUGAAAGCGAGAAGCGCUGUUGGAUCUCCCGAGAAUGAGAAUGAAACAGGACCGGGGUUGGCUCCAGAAGGAAGAGUCCAUGGUGGAAGUUUGAUAAUGGCGAUGUUGGCUGCUAGAGAGGGUGGCUCCUGCUCAAGCAACCUGCCUAAAAGGUGGGUGUAAGUUAAUAAUUGUCUUCAGUUUGCUUCCAGUCUUAAUUCUGCACGUGUGGAGUAGUAUGUUGGCACGCGAGAGUGAAGUGAAAGUGUUACGGAGUCUUGUGUUUGUUCUUGUUUAGGUUUGUGUUUAGAGAGUACAAAAGGGAUCAAAGUCUCUAUUCUCUGUCUUAUUUUCCUGUAGAUAUUGAAUUUAUGGGUUCAAGCAACGUUAUUGUGAAUUGUCAAAACAGUCUAUCUAUUGAUGAUGAUGAUGAGAAUAAAAAGUCAUGUCUUUGUUUGCA